AUGAACGGGACAGAAGGUGUCAAUUUCUAUGUGCCGCUCUCCAAUAAAACAGGGCUGGUGCGGAGCCCCUUUGAGUACCCACAGUAUUACCUAGCCGAACCCUGGAAGUACCGAAUCGUGUGCUGCUAUAUCUUCUUUCUCAUCUUCACCGGGCUCCCCAUCAAUCUCCUCACCCUCCUUGUCACUUUCAAACACAAGAAGCUGCGGCAGCCACUCAACUACAUCCUGGUCAACCUGGCGGUGGCGGAUCUCUUCAUGGCUUGCUUUGGCUUCACCGUCACCUUCUACACGGCCUGGAACGGCUACUUUAUCUUCGGGCCCAUAGGCUGUGCCGUGGAGGGCUUCUUUGCCACGCUGGGAGGUCAGGUUGCCCUGUGGUCGCUGGUCGUCCUGGCCAUAGAGCGUUAUAUCGUGGUGUGUAAGCCCAUGGGCAACUUCCGCUUCUCUGCCACCCAUGCCUUGAUGGGCAUCAGUUUUACCUGGGCAAUGGCCUUUUCCUGCGCUGCUCCACCCCUGUUUGGCUGGUCCAGAUACAUUCCUGAGGGCAUGCAGUGCUCUUGUGGCCCAGAUUACUACACCCUCAACCCUGACUACCACAACGAAUCCUACGUCGUCUACAUGUUCAUGGUCCACUUCAUCAUCCCGGUGGUGGUCAUCUUCUUCUCCUACGGGCGGCUCAUAUGCAAAGUCCGAGAGGCAGCCGCCCAGCAGCAGGAGUCGGCCAGCACCCAGAAGGCAGAGAGGGAGGUGACCCGCAUGGUGAUCCUCAUGGUUCUAGGCUUUCUCAUGGCCUGGACACCCUAUGCCUUGGUGGCGUUCUGGAUCUUCACCAACAAGGGGGCGGACUUCUCCGCUACUCUCAUGUCAGUGCCUGCCUUCUUCUCCAAGAGCUCCUCUCUCUACAACCCCGUCAUCUAUGUCCUCAUGAACAAACAGUUCCGUAACUGCAUGAUCACCACAAUCUGCUGCGGCAAGAACCCCUUUGGGGAUGAUGACGUUUCCUCGACCGUAUCCCAGAGCAAGACUGAGGUAUCUUCUGUUUCCUCCAGUCAAGUGUCACCAGCAUAG